UUCGAAAUCAGACCACUGGGCACCUAGUUUAGAUACUUUCAACAUUCCCUUCUACAACAACCAAUCUGAAGACGACAUCGACGUCAAACGAUAUAAACCAAAAUGCUUCCUCAGCGCCAGACCGUCCGCGCGACUCAGCGCCUCGCGAGCCAGCUCCGCGCUGCCAACACCCGCUCUACCGCGCAGCGCCGUUUCGCCUCCACCGAGAAUGCCUUCGUCAAGGAGCGACAGGCUGUGAAGGAGCACGCUGCUGCCACUACUGAGCUCUGGCGCAAGAUCUCCCUCUACGGCAUCCCGCCCGUCCUCAUCCUCGCCGGCGUCAACGCCUACAACCAAUGGAACGCCCACUGGGAGCACUGGGAGCACAUGCCCCCGCUAGAGGAGCGCGUCGAGUACCCCUACCAGAACAUCCGCACCAAGAACUUCCCCUGGGGCAAUGGCGACAAGACCUUGUUCUGGAACGACUCGGUCAACUACCACAACAAGGACAAGAACGCCUAAGCUCCGCAAAGCCUACCUACCUACGAACAGUCUUUGGAGGAACCUUGGGGGAGCUUGCGCAUGUAUGUAGAUAUGCAUGGAUGGAUCAGGAGAAUCAAUCCAUAGAACAGAGAAACGAAACACCAACAAGAAAUAUUCCUACAUACCUACACACAAGCAUAGUAUGGCGUUGUAGAUCCGCACUAUUCCCUUUGUAUAUCAAUUGAACCGAUAAAACCG